GACUUCCCCAUCUUCAUUCUUCUGCCCUUCUGCCUUGAUUCUUCACUUCAGCUCUCGUCUUCCCCUUCUCAUCAUCCAACCUGUCUGGCAUGAACUUCUUCAAGACUAAGCAACGAACCCCUCCUGAUCUUGUACGAGGACUGCGUGACGCUAUACCAAAGUUGGAAUCGGGCGCGCCUGGCGGGGAAACGAGAAGAAAGGCAAACGAGGAAAUAUCGAAGAAUCUACAACAAAUCAAAGGUUUGCUGUAUGGCGACGGAGAUCCACUCCCCGAAGUCAUAGCCCAGCUGGCUCAGGAAACGUACAACACCGAUCUACUUCACUUCCUUGUGCAGAACAUCGCUCGUUUCGAGUUUGAAACACGGAAAGAUGUCGUUCAGAUAUUCAACAAUCUCUUGAGAAGACAGAUUGGAUCUCGAUGGCCGACUGUUGAUUACCUGGCGGGUAAACCUGAAAUCAUCUUUUCGACAUUGGCCGGUUAUGAGAAUGAGGAGAUCGCUCUCAAUACUGGGAUGAUACUCAAGGAGAUGUUGAGGCAUGAGGCAUUGUGCAAGAUAUUGCUCUAUUCUGACAAAUUCUACAACUUCCCACACUAUAUCGAGACUACAACAUUCGGAAUAUCGUGCGAUGCCUUUGCAAACUUGAAAGAAACAUUGACAAGACAUAAACCCAUGGUUGCAGAGUACCUUGACAAGAACUACGAUCGGUUCUUCUCGUCGUACACUACCCUGAUCCUCUCCGAUAAUUACGUGACGAAACGCCAGUCGCUGAAACUGCUCGGAGAAAUAUUAUUGGAUAGGGCGAACUUCAACGUCAUGACCCGCUAUAUCGGAAACGAAGCCAACCUCAAAAUGAUGAUGAACCUUCUACGCGAUAAGAGCAAGAAUAUCCAAUUCGAGGCCUUCCAUGUAUUCAAAGUGUUUGUCGCAAACCCCAAGAAGCCACCCCAGAUAGAGAGUAUACUUCGAAGAAAUCAAGAGAAGCUUCUCAUAUUCUUGAAGAACUUCCACAACGACAAAGAGGAUGAACAAUUCAGUGACGAGAAACAAUUCUUAAUCGUUCAAAUUCAAGGACUGUAAUGAAUAGUCGCCAACUGGUCUUCCAAUCCUUCUAGCUUUAUUCUUCAUAUUUAUUUUUCGUUUCUUGCUUCUGUGUAAUCUCUGUCUCCUGUACCAUCUUCUGCAAUAUCUCAUCGGCAUUCAGCAAUUUUCUUCUCCACUUGGCUUUAUUCUAAUCUCUCAUUUAAUCACAUUCUUUUGUCCUAUCAUUGUACUGCAUUGGACGGGCAGUUGAUACAUUUGUUUCUGUGAUUCCCUCCUUUGACAUACGUCUUUAAUGUGUUCAUAUUCAUUCAUUGCCCACUGCUACUCGUUGAAUCGUUAGUUCUGUACAACUGUUGUCGUCGCCGUCCCAUGAAUUGUAUUAACGUGAAUCUCAAGAAGGAA